GUUGGUCCUGGAGCAGAUGAGCGCAGAAUAUUUAGGCAAAACCGAGAGGAGGGGGGGGAGCACGGGGCAGGAGGAGUACCUCGGCCAAGAAAAUUAUGCAUGCGUUAGGCAAGCUCUGAGAGAAUGGCUGUGGAAGCUCUCCACUGUGGUUUGAAUCCGAGGGGCAUUGAUCACCCUGCCCAUGCUGAAGGAAUUAAGCUGCAGAUUGAAGCUGGAGGUGUAGAAUCUCAGUCCAUUAAAAACAAAAAUUUCCAGAAGGUGCCUGACCAAAAAGGAACCCCCAAGAGACUGCAGGGAGAAGCUGAGACAGCAAAGUCAGCUACGGUGAAGCUGUCAAAACCAGUGGCCCUGUGGACGCAGCAGGAUGUCUGCAAGUGGCUGAAGAAGCACUGUCCAAACCAGUAUCAGAUCUACAGAUCAGCGUGGGGAUUUUGUGAAGAUGAAGACUCUCUCCGUGGAAGAAUCUUUCCUUGUUUUCUGCUCAUUAAAUCAAGCGUAUUGACUUUGCUGACUGAUUAGCUACAUAUGUGAAACUAAUGAUGUGGAAGAGUCAAUAGGAGAAAGUCACUUUCCCUGCCAAACCAGUCCUAUCCUGUCAAUCAUAUGGCUGUGAGGUACACUCUACUUUGUUCCCGCCCAGAGGUUGUCUAAGUUUCUGAAGUGAAGUUGUGCUUGCUGCUGUCGCUGAGAUGAACACAUUGACGUCACGUGGGGAAACAACAUUUCCAUCGAGGGUGUUAAAGCCUUCCCUUGAGAGGAUAAGGAAGUGUUUGGGUUCAGAAAAGCAGGGAAUGGCGUGGGUAAGAAAUUGCUGUCCCCACCUUCGUGCCCACCCCUACAGUAAGGAGGAACAUAUCUGAACUUGAUCUGGGCCUAGAUUCCGCCUGUAUAUUGGCAGCUCUCCUCCACAGCCGUGCAUGGAAAGAUAGGGCUGAGGAACUAUGGGAAGAAAUGCUUGAGAUUCAUGAGUCCGGCCUAGAACCUUC